CACGUAUUCUUCUUUUUGUUCACACCCUUCCAAAACACUCUACUAUGAAUUCUCUCAUUCGUCCGUUGCAAAAACGCGCAUUCUCCACCUCGACACCAGCAUCGAAGCAAUUCUUGGUAUUGAUUCGCGACUUUAAGGAUUCUGAAGCAUUGAAUCGUCGCUUGUUGAUACGCGACUUGCAUUUAAAAGGAGCCAACAAAGAAGCUGCCGCGGGUCAGCUUCUUUGUGGCGGUGCUGUUUUGGAUACGCACGAGAGUGGCAAAAUGGUCGGCAGCUGCAUGAUUUGGGAAGCUGAGAGUGAGGAGGAAGUGCGCAAGAAGUUGCAAGCCGACCCAUACUUCGAAGGCAAGGUCUGGGAGGACUGGGACAUCUUCCCUUUCAAGGUCGCGGUUGGAGCAUUGGGAAAGAAAUAACCACUAGGAUGAUGUAGUAGUAGCCAUGCUUAUCGUUGAAUUAUAUCCUCGCUUUGUACAUACAUAUAUAUGGGAUAUUUAACAUGUUGACGAUAUAUAAAGAGCAAGAACGGCUUAUUAUACGCAAGAGCAACAGUCGCUUGAACAAUCU